AUGGCAGCAGAAUUCUUUCUUGACAAGCACCUUCAUUCCUUAUCCUAUGUACAUAGAGACGUAAAGCCAGAAAAUGUUCUGGUUGCUGCCAGUGGCCACAUCAUGAUCUCAGAUUUCGGCAGUGUCAAGGACUUAUCGGCACCGGUUGAGAUGGAUAAUGGUGACAAUUCUGGCAGGCGAGUCAGGCGAUCUUCAUUCGUAGGCACGGCUCAAUAUGUCAGUCCGGAGGUGCUCGAAGGAGAACCCGUCUCACCGGCUACGGAUCUCUGGGCGUUUGGGGUGGUCAUUUAUCAAUUUUUGACAGGCAAACAUGCUUUUCACGACGAAUCGGAGUACUUAAUGUACAAACGUAUUCAGAAGUUGUUGUACUCAUACCCGGCUGAUUUCCCCAACAUCGUCAGAGAUUUAAUCGAUCGUUUAUUGGUUAUCAAGCCUGAAAAUCGACUUGGUGCUGAGAAGACGGGUGGUCCAGAAGCAAUCCGUGGCCAUAAGUUCUUCGAUGGCGUUGACUGGAAUGAUUUGAUAAACUCUAAACCUCCUGCUCUUUCAUUAUGGAUCUAUCGACCUCAUGGAAGAUGGCAUCGAUAUCUGCCUCGGAGAAACGAUGCAGUAAAAGAGUUCGACUAUGAAAAGGGAGGGUCUCUUUCUGAAUUCAGAGAGGAUUUGAUGAGUCAGGGUAGUGAAGAGCCAAAAGCUGGACCAUCUAAGCUUUGGAUGGCAUGGCUGUAUCGUGAUCUCAGUGGUGAACCAAAAUGGACGAGAUCAAGGGUCAACAAAUUGUUUGGCCCUGAUUUCAAGGUGGGACGAAUGGAAAUAUUCCCUAAUACGUCAGCAUACAAUGAAGAAUUAUGGCAUAUAAAACAUCUCAUCGAAUUGAAGCCUGUGACUUUUCCAAAUGGAGAACCCACUGCUGAUGACAUUUAUGGUGUUCAGGUCCACCCUGAUGGGCGAUGUGAAGUAGCUAAAGAAGCGACCCCUCUUGGCGAAGAACAGUUGAGAUUAAUGGAUCCGAAGAAACAGUGGUCUUCAAAGGAAUUGAAUAGGCAGUUGGCCAGUAAAUAUCAUGGAUGCAAAGAUAUAUUCGAGACAAAUGUUUAUACCAACUCAAAUAUUAGUGUAGUAAAGUGA